AUGAAGAUUCACAGGCUUUUGUUCAUAACUCUGCUGGGCCUGCUGCUGUGGGCCUCCUGCACGCAGGCCGAGGACAGCACUGACAGCCAGACAGAAUCGCAAGAGGAGACAUCUGAGGAGGCAACUGAGGAGGCAACCGAGGAGGCAGAGGAAUCCAAAGAGGCCCCAAAGAAAGAGAAAACAACUGAAAUAGAGGAGGAGAAUGAUGUCAUGGUCCUCCACAUCAACAACUUUGAAAGGGCUCUCAGCGAGAAUCAGCAUUUACUCGUUGAAUUCUAUGCUCCUUGGUGUGGUCACUGUAAACAGCUGGAGCCAAUUUACGCCGAGGCUGCUGGGGUGCUGAAGCAGGAGAAGCCGGCGCUGCGUUUGGCCAAAGUGGACGCCACGGAGGAGAAAGAGCUGGCUGAAGAGUUUGACGUCGGAAGCUUCCCCACUCUGAAACUGUUCAUCAGAGGAGACCGCAAGGAGCCCGUCGACUACACCGGUAAGAGGACAGUGAAGGGGAUAAUCCAGUGGCUGAAGCGACGCACUGGCCCCGGGGUUCCAGCCCUGGACUCUGCAGACUCUGCAGCUCAGUUCAUAGAAGCCCAUAACAUCACUGUCAUAGGAUUCUUUGAGAGCCUGGAUAGUGAGCCUGCUCAGGUAUUAAAGGAAAUUGCUAUGAAUAUGCCUGACACAGAGUUUGCACUCACGGCAGCUCCAGAAGUUUUCCAGAAGUAUGAGGUGAAAGGCAGCUCUGUGGUGCUCUUCAAAAAGUUUGAUGAUGGCAGAGCAGACUUCGUGUUGUCAGAAGGGAAGCUGGAUAAAGACAAUGUGACCACCUUCAUCAAGCAAAACAGCCUGGAGCUGAUCAUUCGGUUCAGGCAGGAGACAGCAGACAAAAUCUUCAACUCUGGCAUCAACCUUCACAGCCUUCUGUUCGUAAACUCCACUGUGGAGAGUCAGAUGAGCCUGGUGGACGAAUCCAGGACUGUUGCCAAAGAGUUCAAGGGCAAGAUGCUGUUCAUCAUGAUUGAUGUCACAGAAUCCCUGUCACACGUGCUGAACUACUUUGGCGUGUCUGAGGAUGACGCCCCCACUGUACGCAUCAUCAAUAUGGACACGGGAAAGAAGUAUGCUAUAAUCUCAGAGGAUCUGACAGCAAGUUCACUGCAACAGCUGUGCCAAGAGGUUAUGGAUGGUGCUGCAAAGCCCUUCUAUCAGUCAGAGGACAUCCCAGAGGACUGGGACAAAGGACCAGUUAAAGUCCUGGUGGGAAAGAACUUUGAGUCCGUUGCUCUGGACCCGACAAAAAAUGUCUUUGUGGAGUUUUAUGCUCCGUGGUGUGGACACUGCUCAGAACUGGCUCCGAUCUGGGAUCAGCUUGGUGAGAAAUAUGCUGACCAUGAUGACAUCAUCAUAGCCAAAAUGGACGCCACAGUCAAUGAAGUGGAAUCUGUUGUCGUUAAGAGUUUUCCAACACUCAAAUAUUUCCCAGCUGGUGACAAAGAGAUGGUUGACUACACUGGAAAAAGGGACCUGGAGACAUUUUCUAAAUUCCUGGAGGCUGGAGGAGUUUUGCCUGAAGAGGAAAAUGAUGAGGAUGAUGAUGAGGAUGAUGAUGAGGAUGAGGAAGAGGAAGAGGAUGAGGAUGAGGAGGAUGAGAAGAAAGAAGGAGAGGGUGAUGAGGAAGGUCAUGAUGCAGAGGAAGGUGGCGAUAGCAAGGAGACUGAUGAGUCUGCAGAGGUAAAGACCAAUAAAACAUCCAAAGAUGAGCUGUAAUGUCACUUUUCAGCCAAUCAGGAUCAACCUAGCAACUUUGAAUUUUCUUAAUAAAAGUGAUACAGGUUUUAA